AGUCACUGAAGCAGCCUAGCAGGUGUCUCAUAGGUCGAUCCCUGCACCCCGUGUUGUCUGAUCCCCUCCUCCCUCCUACCCGCGCGCUAUACCUGCUGCUGAGUCGCGCUGCAGUCAAGUGUGCGCACUCGCUGCGCAAUGGCCACGGAACCAGCUAUUACCGCAAACACUCGUGUUCAAAUGGAUUAUGAGACGAAGAUUUUCCCUCACACCGGUGGCUAUGGACGCUACAACCGAAUCGUGGUCGUAUUCAGUUGGUUCCCCAACAUCGCGGUCAUGCUGAAUCUAUUUAGCGACGUUUUUUACACUCUAAUCCCGGACUCUUACCACUGCAAACCCGACCCGCAGCUUCUGCCCUCAACUUUCCUCCUCAGCAACUUCACCAGACAGGGAUACCUGAACCUCACCAUCCCCUGGGUGAACGGCACCGGUCUCAGCCACUGUGAACUGUUUAAGUACCCACCGAACUCCUCGGACUUUUCCGAAAAUGUACCCAGGGAGAGGGUGUCCUGCACCAAAGGGUGGGAGUACGCUCAUGAAGCGGGGCUCCAGAGCAACUUUGUCACUGAGUGGAACCUGGUUUGCAGUGACUACUGGAAAAUCCCUUUGCAGCACAUCUGCUUCAUGACAGGAUGGAUUCUGGGAUACAUCUUCCUUGGUACAUUGUGCGACUGGUUGGGUCGUCGGCGAUGUUUCCUCCUCUCCAUCAGUCUGUCCAGUCUGUUAGGGGUGGCCGUGUGUUUGUCCAACAGUGCGGUGGUGUUCCUGCUGCUGCGUCUCUCUCAGGGCGCCAUGCUCGCUGGGGUGUUUGUAUCCUCGUACAUUGCCAGGUUGGAGCUGUGUGACCCUCCCCAUCGUCUCAUGGUUGCCAUGGUCAGCGGCUUCUUCGCCGUGUUCGCAGAGCUGCUGUUGCCGGGCAUCGCUGUUCUGUGCCGCGAUUGGCCCGUUCUCCAGGCUGUGGCUACUUUGCCUCUGCUCCUGCUGCUCUCCUAUUGGUGCUGUGCGUCAGUGUUUCCUGAGUCUCCUCGCUGGCUGCUGGCCACAGCUCAGAUCCCACAGCUGAAGAGGAGCCUCCAGGAAUUCUCCACCAGGAAUGGCAUUUGUCUGCGAGAUGAAAUCUACCCUGGUGAAACCCUGCUGUCAGAGAUAGAUUCAGCAUACGGAGAAGACUGUCAGCCGCGGUACUUGUUAGUUCUGGAGCUGCGUCGGACUCGUGUUAUCUGGAAGAACUGCCUCAUCCUCAGCUUCACGCUGUUCAUUGGAACAGGCAUCCAGUAUUGUUUCACCAGAAACCUGCACAGUUAUUCAAACAACUUCUACUUCAGCUACUUUCUCCGAGUGAUAACGGGAGCACUGGCCUGCAUCUUCAUCUGCUUGUCUGUCAAUCACUUUGGUCGGCGUGGUAUGCUUCUGCUCUCUGCCAUCAUUACUGGACUGUCAUCGCUGCUGCUGCUGGCCCUCACUCAGUACCUGCAUGGUGGCCUGGUGCUGGUGCUCUCUGUCGUGGGUCUGCUGUUCUCUCAGGCUCUCGCCAUGCUCAGUGCGUUCUUUGCCUGUGAAGUGAUGCCGACCGUGGUUCGAGGCGGUUGCCUCGGCCUGGUGCUGGCAGCGGGUUGUGUUGGCAUGGCUGCCUCCUCCCUGAUGGAGCUCCAGAAUAACGGCGGCUACUUCCUCCACCAUGUCAUCUUCGCCUCCUUUGCCGUCCUCUCCGUUCUCUGCAUAAUGCUCCUACCUGAAAGCAAACGUAAGCCGCUCCCAGACUCCCUGAAGGAGGGCGAGAGCCAGCGCCGGCCUCCUCUCUUCCUGUCGCAGCCCGACAGGGACAACCUGCCGCUACUGAGCGCCCGGCCUCCUUUGUCGGAGUACAACCCUGAUAACUAUUCCCGCUUGGUCUCUGCCACCAGGAGGAUGUUGACUAAAGAUAAUUUGCCUUAUAGGAUCGCUGUACCAAGUCAUCCACCUCUGCUGUCAGACAGUGAAACACAGGGACAAGAGAAUGAGACACUGAGAGAGGAUAUAUCUUAACUUAACAGACCCUCCUUAUCCUCCACUGUACAGACUUGGAUUAUCUCUCCUCCUUCUUCUAGACAUACCUCUACAGACAGUCUACCAUCAUUCAUCAUUUAAUUAUUUCCUGAGUCACUUGCAGGUCAUAACUCAACUGAAGAACCGACCUUGGCUUGGAUGCAGUGCACUUUAGAGUGAUGGCUCAAACUUUGUCAAUUUUUAGCAAUAUAUCAGUCUUUUCUUGUUAUAUUUUACACUUGAAGCCGUUACUGUGCUGUGGCAUUUUCUCAUGUGGAUUCAGGUAAUGCAGUGAAAAACAAUGGCCUUCUUUAGCUAAAGUGUCAUCCAGACCUUUGUGAGGGCUAAAAACUAUGCACUGCAUGUUAUGGUUGUUUUGUGUGGUAUAUUCCUUUUGAAAUACAGUGCAGUUGAGGUCACAAUGCUCAUCUGUGUGGAGGCAUUCAAACCAAAUUGUGAGACACUAGUUUUGCCAGAGAAGCUUGCUCAACUGUGCGGCUGCUGUUGAUCAUGUGAGCAGCAGGCCCUUUGUCCAUUUAUUAGUAACUCAUGCACUUUUCAUUAAGUCUGUCCGUCUGAUUCACCAGCAGUGUCUCGGUGCUGAUAGGAUCCCAAUGAAGCACCAAGACACACAAGACUGGUUCACACACUGUUGUUGUAGAGUCUUGUGUUAUACUUGUGAAGCACACAAGAGAGCGCUAAAUGAUGCACUGGUCAUUGAAUAUGAUGACGGAUAUUCCUCUACCAAACCUUGUUAAUCCAAAAAUUUAACUUAGAAGUAUUUGGCCAAAUGUUGGGAUGUGAUCUGUGUGGAAAAAUAACACCAGAUACCAACCAGAGGAUAGUGAAUUCUGUCUGACGAGUUUGUCUACUCUAUAAAUCACUGUUAGGUUACAAACUAUUAUUUAAAGGGUGCUAUUUUUACAUUAUUUUUCUCUUCAGACACUGAAAGUAGCUGAUGAAUUUGCAAAUGCACUAACCACUAUAGCUGGCAGACACAAAGUUAAUCCCUUUUCUGUCUUGUAAUGAUUAUGAAUUGUGUCCUUUUGAGUUAUGAGUAAAAAAAUAUAUAACACUGGUUUCAAUGCUUCAGAAUUUAUCAGGACCAACCUUAACUGGAGGGCAUUAGAUAUUUUCACAAUGACUGCCUGAUACAACACAAAUCUUUUUUUUUUUGCUUUAUUUAAUAUUUACUGUUAAACAGUGAGGACAUUCUGCCUGUUAAUGCUUUUCCAUCUUGUGACACUGUUACAGAAAAGAUGUUGAACUCUUCAAGGCUGCCGUGUCUGUGUGUGUGUAUAAAAUAGGAGAAAAGAACUACUGGAAUAGUUUACUGUAUGUACAUUGGCAGUCAAUUUAUAAUUUUACCUUCAGUAAGCAAACAAAGGUGCUUUUGUACUGACUGAAGGUCCUACAGUUGGUCAGAGAAACUCAUGUUACCACUUUUUAUGUGAAAACUCUUUCCAUAGACUUUUUUGUUUAUCUAUGUCCUUGUGAAGUGAAAGCAUUAGUAACUAAGAAAUAUUGACUUGUUUUUAUCUUAACCAUCAUGCCAUUACUUUACAGAACUAAAUCAAGUCACAUUUUCCUCCCCCCCAAGUGGAGCACCUAACUUGCAAAUUAAAUUCAAAACAAUUGGAGUUGAAGCCACAAGGAUGUUGGUCAUCUCUUAGGUGUUACGCUCUCAGAACACUAGAUGGAGCUCUUCUCUUAGAGAUAUGGUCAUGUAUUGUACUACUUCCUGUCAAAAUGUCAGUAUGCUGAUGUUGAGGAAUGUUUUGUGUGGGUGUGUGCAUUCAGAUUACACUUGUGUGACUUUGUCCAUACAUCAUUGUCAUCACACAUUAACAUUAGCCCACAGCAGCAUCUGUCAGUCUUAUGGUGGGAUAAAACAGCCAGAUGAGUUCAAUAAACUCAACUUGGACAUGAGAA